AUCGAUUGUAUUUUACACUAACUGCCGGAGAAGUGCAUGGUUUUUUAUUAUUCUUACUUUGAUAUUUGCUUAAAAUAAAUAAAAACACAACUCAAACAUGUCGGACGGAGAUUUAGAUGCAUUGCGUGCUCAGCGCAUGGCCCAGAUGCAGUCGCAAUUCGGCGGCGGCGGUGGCAACGAUGCGGAAAAGCAACAAGCUCAGCAGGAACAGAUGCGCGCCCAGGAGGAAAUGAAACACUCAAUCCUCUCGCAAGUGCUCGACCAACAAGCACGCGCCCGCCUCAAUACACUGAAAGUGAGCAAACCCGAAAAGGCACAAAUGUUCGAGAGCAUGGUCAUCCGCAUGGCGCAAAUGGGACAAGUUCGUGGCAAACUGGACGAUGCCCAGUUCGUCAGCAUCCUGGAGAGCGUGAACGCCCAAAUGCCACAGAGUAAAUCCACCGUAAAAUACGACAGACGUCGUGCGGCCAUUGACAGCGAUGAUGACGAGGAUUAUGGUUGCUGAUUAUCGAUUCCCUAUGCCCAACUGCCAGACUGGGAGAUUGAUAAGUUAAAUACGCGUACUAAGCUUAAGCUUUCAUUUUACACUCAGAAACACAGAAACAGAAUGGAAACACGUGCAUUAGUUCAGGAUAGUUUUAAACAACUAUGUUUAUUAAAUUAAAAACACACACUUCGAGCUGAAAA